GGACAAAGCUGAAACUUGGCAAACUUUUACUGGACUGUAAAAGGACUCAUUCAUCUGUUUUUACUCUCUUUGGAACUUCCUGGAGCUACCGAAACAUUUCCAGUCACGGGUCACCAGGAUCUCCUUCCUGUGAUCUAGGGAACAAACUGUAUGUUGUCACAUCUUUCCACAUAAGACCUGUGUGGACAGUAAUGACCGCACGUUUCCGAUUGCCUGCUGGCAGAACCUACAAUGUACGAGCAUCUGAGCUGGCACGAGACAGGCAGCAUACGGAGGUGGUCUGCAACAUUCUUCUCCUGGAUAACACUGUACAAGCUUUCAGAGUUAAUAAACAUGAUCAGGGCCAAGUUCUAUUGGACGUAGUCUUCAAGCAUCUCGAUUUGACAGAGAGAGAUUACUUUGGUUUACAGUUGGCUGAUGAAUCUACUGAUAACCCUAGGUGGCUGGAUCCAAACAAACCUAUCAGGAAACAAUUAAAAAGAGGAUCUCCUCACAGUCUGAACUUCAGAGUUAAGUUUUUUGUAAGUGACCCAAACAAGCUCCAAGAAGAAUAUACAAGGUACCAGUACUUUUUGCAAAUUAAGCAGGACAUUCUUACUGGAAGGUUGCCCUGUCCUUACAAUACUGCUGCUCUUCUGGCUUCCUAUGCUGUUCAAUCCGAGCUGGGAGACUACAACCAUUCAGAAAACUUGCCAGGCUACCUCUCAGAAUAUUCUUUCAUCCCUAGCCAGCCUCAAGACUUUGAAAAAGAAAUAGCAAAAUUACAUCAGCAGCACAUAGGGUUGUCUCCUGCAGAAGCAGAGUUCAAUUAUCUCAAUACAGCACGUACCUUAGAACUUUAUGGAGUUGAAUUGCACUAUGCAAGGGAUCAGAGUAACAAUGAAAUAAUGAUUGGAGUGAUGUCAGGUGGAAUACUAAUUUUUAAGAACAGAGUACAAAUUAACACCUUUCAGUGGUUGAAGAUUGUAAAAAUUUCUUUUAAGUGCAAGCAGUUUUUUAUUCAACUUAGGAAAGAAUUGCAUGAAUCUAGAGAAACGUUACUGGGAUUCAAUAUGGUGAAUUACCGAGCAUGUAAGAAUUUGUGGAAAGCUUGUGUUGAGCAUCACACGUUCUUCCGUUUGGACAGACCACUGCCCCCUCAGAAGAACUUUUUUGCACAUUAUUUCACUUUGGGUUCCAAGUUCCGGUACUGUGGGAGAACAGAGGUCCAAUCAGUGCAGUAUGGUAAAGAGAGAGCAAAUAAAGACAGGGUAUUUGCAAGAUCCCCCAGUAAACCCUUGGCACGGAAAUUAAUGAGUGGGAUGGAUUGGGAAGUAGUGAGUAGGAACUCGCUGUCUGACGAUAGGUUGGAAACACAGAGCCUCCCAUCACGGUCUCCACCUGGAACCCCAAAUCAUCGCAACUCUGCCUUCACUCAAGAAGGAGCCCGGUUACGACCCUCAUCAGUUGGACAUUUAGUGGAUCAUGUGGUUCACACCUCCCCGAGUGAAGUAUUUGUAAAUCACAGAUCUCCAUCUUCCACCCAGGCCAACAGCAUCAUACUGGAAUCAUCCCCAUCUCAAGAGACUCCUAUAGAUGGGCAGCCUCCAGCGUUACCACCCAAACAGUUUAAAAAGAACAGUUGGAACCAAAUUCAUCAUUCACACUCACAGCAAGAACUGGAUAACCAUAUUAAUGAAACAUUUGAUGUUCCUGCAUCACCUGAAAAAUCCACUCCCAAUGGUGGUGUCCCCCAUGACAAUCUUGUUAUGAUCAGAAUGAAACCAGAUGAGAAUGGAAGGUUUGGCUUCAAUGUAAAGGGUGGAUAUGAUCAGAAGAUGCCAGUAAUAGUGUCCAGGGUAGCUCCAGGAACACCUGCUGAUCUCUGUGUCCCUCGUUUGAAUGAAGGGGACCAGGUUGUGCUGAUUAACGGCAGGGAUAUAGCAGAGCAUACCCAUGACCAAGUUGUAAUGUUUAUUAAAGCUAGCUGUGAGAGACACUCAGGGGAACUUGUGCUCCUAGUUCGACCCAAUGCUGUCUAUGAUGUUGUGGAAGAGAAGCUGGAGAGCGAGCCUGAUUUUCAGUACAUCCCUGAGAAAUCUCCACUUGAUGGUGUCCAUCAAGAUGAUAAUGCUCUGAGGGAAUCCAUGAUUCAGUUAGCAGAGGGGCUUAUCACUGGAACUGUCUUGGCUCAGUUUGAUCAAUUGUAUAGGAAAAAGCCUGGAAUGACAAUGUCUUGUGCCAGAUUACCUCAAAACAUUUCCAAAAAUAGAUACAGAGACAUUUCGCCUUAUGAUGCUACACGGGUUAUUUUAAAAAGUAAUGAAGAUUACAUCAAUGCAAAUUAUAUAAAUAUGGAAAUCCCUUCUUCCACAAUAAUAAACCAGUACAUUGCUUGUCAAGGUCCAUUACCGAACACAUGUCCUGAUUUUUGGCAGAUGACUUGGGAGCAAGGCUCUUCUAUGGUUGUAAUGUUAACAACUCAAGUUGAACGGGGCAGAGUUAAAUGCCAUCAGUACUGGCCAGAGCCGUCAGGAAGCUCAUCAUAUGGGAAUUUCCAGAUUACCUGCCAUUCAGAAGAAGGAAAUCCUGCUUAUGUCUUUCGAGAAAUGACAUUGACUAAUCUGGAGAAAGAGGAGAGCCGCCAGCUGACCCAAAUCCAGUACAUAGCAUGGCCUGAUCAUGGGGUUCCUGAUGAUUCCAGCGAUUUCCUAGAUUUUGUGUGUCUUGUGCGAAAGAAGAGGGCUGGCAGAGAAGAACCUGUUGUUGUUCACUGCAGUGCUGGGAUUGGACGGACAGGGGUUCUGAUCACGAUGGAGACAGCGAUGUGUCUCAUUGAGUGCAAUCAGCCUGUUUAUCCACUAGAUAUUGUAAGAACCAUGAGAGAUCAAAGAGCCAUGAUGAUCCAAACACCUAGUCAGUACAGAUUUGUAUGUGAAGCUAUUUUGAAGGUGUAUGAAGAAGGAUUUAUUAAACCUUUACAAGCAUCACUGCAUAAGUAAAGAGCAAAAAACCUAUGAUAUCGAUUGAGGAAUCCUGUCCUCUAUAAUGAACUGGCAACGUUCUUUGUGCCAUAAUACUGCUUGCAGGAAAUGAUAGUGAAGUACAGCAAAGAAUUGACAAAGGACUUUGAAAACUUCAGCACUGUUGCACUUUACGUUGAAACAAAAUCAGUCUCUGAAACUCUUCUAACCUUCAUCUGUUUGAAGACUUUAUUUUCGUGAUUUGCUCCGAACAAACCAUAAACUGUAAGAACUAAUUGUGUUCAGGGUAAUCUACGAUAUUUCAUUGUAGUGCCAUAUACUGUGCUUCUGGUUGAAUUGCUACAAACAAGGCUUGGAAUUAUUUCACCCUGUUUUACACCCAUGUCUCUUAAAAUGAAAAACAAAUGAGAAACACACUAAGCCAUGGUCUUUUUCCAGUGCUAGGUUUAUUUACUAUGUACAGACUCUCACAGUUUUGUUUUUUACAACAUUAGCAAUAUUGCCAAUACUAGAUAGAUACACACUGCCUACUGAUGCAGCCCACUUUGUCCUACACCCUUACUAGAGACCAGCUGGUUGUUAGAGGAGAGCUGGCGUCUGUUAACCCAGCAGUAGCUGCAUAAUGCCCACUUACCAGCAUCUUGUACAAAAUAAUAACAAUAAACAUUUUUAAAAACCAACAUAAAAAUAAGCAGCAUUUCUUUGACACGGCUUGUGUGUCAUACACUGGUGUAUUCUGAUUCAUGUGACUUCAGAUUAAUGUGAUGGGAACUAGUGCAUGCAUUAUGUCUUAACCCCUUAAGUGCCUUGAGACUUACAGCGUACAUCCAGUGAAAGGCACUCAUGAUUCCAUGGGGGUGGUAUUGUCCUGUCAUAUUUAUCUUAAUGGGUUCAGAUUUUAAAAACGGCCCUUGGUGCUUAGAAUGUGUUACCACAAGGGGUCAUGGAAAUACCAUUCCCUCUUUCCUUAUACAAGUACCUGUGUGCUACUCUCUGUAGGCAAAGCACCUCUGCCAAUUUAAUGAAUGAGCAUUGUAUGCUGCUGUGUUGUAAUUACGUGAAAAAUCUGGCACAUUCCUUCAUUCCUUCCAACCAGUAACUUACUAGCAUCUUACUAUGAAAUGCUGGUAGGUCAUUAGAAGCUGAUACUUUGUUUUAUCCUUUUAUUGAGAAUAGCUGUUUUACUCAAUUAGACGUAACUCUUUAAUAGCACUGAUAAUUAAGUUGAACUUACAAUCAGUUGUGAUUUAAUUCCCUUACCUUCUAACUAACUUGUUACGUUCUCAUAGUUGAUUUCAAGCCAUGUUCGUACAGGUCUGCCUUUUGUUUUCUUUUAUUUGUUUGGAGGGGAGAAGGGAGGAGAACACUAUGAAGUUAUCCCAGAAAUUAAUUUUACUUUCGUAAUGACCCCAGUCGCCUUCUGUUAUGCUUGUGCAAAAUUGUUCCAGUUGGUAUGGGUUGCUUCUUAUUUAAGUAGGUAGAAGAUUUGUAAGAAGUGUCUGUCUGAUACAGUAUCUGAGCUCAUUCUAAAGAUGCAUAAGUGUCCCAAUUUUUUAGUAUUUUUCUAGCGUAGGAGAAACCAAGUCAGAAGCAAGGUACCCAGUGUAAUAUACUGUAAGAAAAAAACAGUCACUUCUUUGACUGCCCUGUGACAGCAUAACUUUGUGCCCUCUAUUUAAAAGUUUUAAUUUAUUGUACUGGUUUCCUGAAAAUGUUUAUCCAUUAAAUUUUGUUGUAAGCUAUAUAUAUAGCAUAGAAUUAAAAUGGAAAGUUCUAUGCUAAAUAAUUUUUAACUAUUGAAGAAUUAUAUUGUAUAAUAUACUGUGUUCUAUGGACAUUUGAAACAGAUCAGCUAUGAACUAUUAAAUGAAAAGGGAUUCAGGCAACAUGAAAUCCUGGCUUAUGACUUAGUAAUGAACAUGAACCACAAUGCCAAAUGGAAGAUAGAGUUUUAAAUAUUUUUAGAAAAUAAAAUAAUAUUAGGAGGGCUGUGGCCCUGUUACUUAUAUUUCUAGAUUUGAUGCUUAAGUCAAUAUUAUCCCUCAGUGAAAAAUAAAUUUUACAAGAAUCUCUGGAUCUGAACUGAACUGAGGAAGGGUAAUAUGGUAGCUUUAAUCUCAGUUCUAUUGUAAGCCAUUUGCAACAAAUAAAAAUUCUUUUUUAUAAUUCUUUAACUUCCACGUGAUGAGGUUAUUAGCUGAGUUGCUGGCUAGUUAGAAGGUUAUAUUGAACUCAGCACUUGAUGUCCAAAAAGCAAAAUAAUUCAUCCAUUAUACUGAAAGAAAUUUUCUUCAUAGUUAAGUUGUAAACAAAAAUAUCGUUUGUCCUGUUAUUCUGAGGGAAAUCAGAAACUGAGGUUAUAGCAGCAUUAUAUAGCGUUGCUUUGUCACAUAUUUAAAUAUUCUUAUGUAAAAUUGCCAAAGCAGUUCGAGUUCAAAAGUCCCAUUUAUACCACAAUUAAGUGUGGGAUAUGUAUUGGUCAUCUGUCAUUACUGUUUUGAUUACAAACACAGGCAAGAAAAAUAGGUCUCUGCAAAAUUUUCCUCUGCACUGACUUGUAGUUUAUUAACUAGUUGCACUGGGGAAAAAAAUGGAACAAAGUACAUAUUCUUAGUUAAUUGGCCAUCAGCAACUCAAGUGGCUUUUGACUUCUUCAAAGCCAGGAUAAAGGUAACCAAAAACUGCUUGGGAAAGAGAUAGCACUGAAGCCUUUCUGCACCAUAAGUCAGUCAUUUAAAUUUUUCUACCUGUUGUGGUAUAAAUGGCCUUUAAAAUAUUUUUAUACGGCCAAAAAAAGCAAAACUGCUUAAUAUUUUACUUUGGGUUAUGAAGAUCUGUAUCAUCCUUAAAGAGUUUUUUAAAGAAGUUUUUGUAUGUUUCAUGCUGUACAAAACAUGAAUGUAUCUUUCAGACAUAAUGACUUAUAGACUUAUAUGUGAUUGGUGUUAUGACUGUUGGAUUUUAUGAAUAAUUAUUUUCAUACCAUUUGAUAAGGAAAAAUGUUGGGUGGGUGUGGGAAAGAGUAUGUUUGUAACACUUCCAUGAUAUAAAUCCAGCUAAGAAAAAAAAAAGUAAAUUUCAUUGUAAAUAAGAGCAAUAUUAUUACAAUUUUGUGCCAAUGUAAAAUGUUAAGACUUUUGUUUUUACUUUUAGGUUCAGAUUGAAAACUACCAUUACCAUCUCUUGUUUAAAAUGGAUCUGAAGGGGUUUUUUUAGUAGAAAGUAGAAAGACAUGGGGCUCUAGUGGGGGCUUUGAGUGUUUUUGAGAGCUUUUUUUGGUUUUGCUAAAUAUGAAAUAAGAUGCAGGUAUUGUUUAAUAAAGCACCUACAGAUUGUCAGCCAGUCCACUUUGAGAAAUACUGCAUUAAAUAUCCCACAUAACAGAGAACUAAAAAGUUCAUUUAUCCUGAAUUUGGAAGCAUUUGGUAUUUUCAGUCACUUGUAGGUCUUAAGCAGUAAAAUACUGCUUUUAUGUGUUUUAUUUUUAUUAUUCUCUCCCAGUUAUGAAAAAGAGAAUGCCUGGUUUUUUUUCUCACUAGAUUUAAUGCUAGCUGACAUUUCUUCCACAUUUCUCUGUUAAAUCUUGAAAGCUUAUACGCCAUAUAGAUGAAGCAAUAACACUUCUUCUAGAAUAUCUGAUUACAGUGUGGCACACCAUCUAUUAAAGAAAGGGUGAGAAAGCAGUUGGGACAUUAAGGAACAUGAGGAGUUUGUUAUAGAACUUGUGUAGCUGGCAACUUUCCGUGGAGACCUUCCAAAAAGCUUCUUAGUACCCGUGGAAGGGCCAAAAUGCAGCGGAUGUGCUGCAGUUGCACUGCCCAGGGAAACAGGAAGAAGGGAAGGUGUGGCAUAGAGAUGUUGGAGCUCCAGGUAUGCUGUGGAGCUGAAUUAUGUGAUAUUUUUAUGCUUAUGCAGUGUCUGUGCAGGUGUGUGGGCGAUGUUUGAUGGCUCAGGGAAUUAGCAUGAGCAUGAAAAGCUCUACAGAUCCACCAAUUUCCAAGCAAAAGCAAGGUUGUCCAGUACCUAUGCUGUAGUUCUGACUGUAAAGCCACUUUGCAGUCAAUCAGCAAGCCCCUCAGGCCUGAGGAUAAAGGGAGUGAUUUGAUUAUGGUCCACAUGAAAAUUUCACAUACUUGGACUUCCACCAAGGACAGGAAUGGUGUCCUCUAAUGCUGGUUGCAGUCUUUUUGUCACUUACAUCUCAGGUCCCCAGUUAGCUGGGUUGGGUGUAUUUGCCCAUUUUAGUACCCAUCUUUUGUCUUGAGACUGAAGAAGUUCUUUCCCAUUGCUACUUCUAGUGCUAGGAUCCAGUAUUAAGAUCUGGUAAAAAAAUACUGAUUAACGGUGGAUCUUGCAUGAAUGUGCAGGGAUUUACAAUUAGUGGUGAUUGGGAAGCUGUUAGAAGGAGGAAAUGGUUGGUUUGUUUCAGUUUAACUGUUCUGUCUGGUCUCUGUUAUCCCACUGCACUUAGACAUUGAAACUCACUUGUUUGUUUAGAAGUCUGCAAGGAAGGCCAGUUCCUUAUCACUGGAUUUUACCUCUGUGCUUGUUACUCCCACAAGUGUCUAUCUUUUCAUAGGGCUUCUCCAGCUACAAGUUUUGAUCUGGUACACAGGCUGUAAGUUCUGGCUGUUGGCUUUGGUGUGUUUUGCUCAUUGAGAUCUCAAUGGUAUUAAAGGAGAGAUAAAUGACUUACUUUAAAAGUAUAGUGAAAUAUUCAAGUUUAAAAAUUUAGACAUUUUGAUUAGUAGCCUUAUUUUAAAAAACCACUAAAAUAGCUGACUCUAGUCUGCUGUAGUAUGAACUAUGGGUCACGGACUGGCUGGCAGCUUGUUGGUUGUGGUAUUUUGUAUUUAGCAAGCUUACAUGUUUUAAAGGAUAAUUUUUUUCAAAAUGUUUUGAUGUUUAAAUAGUAGCACUUUAUCUCAUGCUUACUACUGACUGAACGUUUGGACAAAAUAAAUUGGGUUUGGAGAGAUGCUUAAUGGGUUUCUGUACAGAGAUGACUUGGAUUACACCCUGGUAUGAAUGCUUUCUGUUGUUCUAACCAUUUCUUGUUGAUUGUUCAUGUGUUUCUGAGGGAUUUUCAGAAAAUAGCUAUUAAUAAGAUAAUUCUAUCAUCUCAAUUUUCCUGUCUUAAAAUGAAUAUGAAGCCUGCAUUUGGGGGGGGAAAAAAACACAAAAAAAAAAAGGAAAAAAAAAAGGUGCAAAUAGAAACUUACAGGGUACUUGUAAAUUUAUCUCUGUGAUCUCUCUGAGCUAGCUGCAAAUGAGCUAUGUUUACUGUAAAUGUUUCUGCUAAGCAUUUUUUUUAACAUUAGAUAAAUUACCUGGAAAUCAGUAUUCUUUUUUUUUUUUUUUUUUACUUAACUUAUUUGAAUUUUGAUAACUGAAGAUAAUGCACAACAAAGUUUAAGGAAGUUGUCACCCUUUUGCACCUAGGCCAGGGGCCCGAGACCUGAGUGAAAGGGUUAAACAGUUUACGUUAAGCUGUUUUGUUCUUUAACUAGAAUAUAUCCACAAGGACUAGACUUUAAAUGAUCCAGUGCAAUUAUCUCAGUACGUUGUGGCACCACAGUAACAACCCAGAAUAAUCUUACAGGAAAAUUAAGGUAAGGGAAUGAAGGUUUUAUCUUAUCUAGUGUAUCCAGAUUUGUUUUCCAUUUGGUUUGCUUCAUUUACCAGUGAUCCCAUUUUAACCAGUCAGUUUGGCAGGGCUGUUUGGGGGGUUUUUUUAUGUAACAGGUGCUAUACUAUGUGUAAAUACAAAGGGAAGAGUAUUAUUUAGAUCAUUAUUAACAAGAUUAACAGAUGGUGGCAAUAUUUUUGCCAGCUACUUCUGGUAAUUAAUUUGCAUUUCCAGCUGUGGCUUUCAGUUGUCAAAUUUCAUCUCAGUUUCAUACUGCUGAAUGAUGGACUGCAUGUGUGGAGUAAAUCGUCUCAGAGUUAAAUAGCUCUUUUGUUGUUCUAACUCUUGUGUAUCUUUAUUAAUAUUGAGGGGGUGCAAAGGCUCUUCCCAUAAGUAGACUUCUGCCUAUAAAUUUGUUUAAAAGCACAUGAGGGGGAGGGAAAAAAAAACAAACCAACAACCUAAAUGCUCCAUCUUGGCUAAGCAGCGGUUGAUGGGAGACGAUGGAAACUUGAAAUUGGUCAACACUGGACAAUGUGAAAAUAAAUCAGCUUUUGUCACUGCAGCUACUGUAUGCUUUAAAGGGCCUUAUGUAUUUGUCCUCAUUUUGAUAAAAUGAAAUUUCUUGCCAUUAAAAUUACACACUAACUUCUACCGAAAACCAGCAGUUCCCACGAUAAAUAUGCUAAUUAACAUUUAACAAGUCUUGUUUUAGUCUUAAGUAAAAUUUCAUUCUAUUAUGUGAAAAAAUGCUGUUAUGCCUAUUUUGUGGAUAUAUUUAAUUUCAGUUGACAAAUAGUUGUCUAGGUACAGACUUGAAAAUAUAUAUAUAGUUUACUUGUGGAUCUUAAUUGUUUAAUUGCAAAAUAAAGAUGUGCUUUAGUAAUUUAAAGUUUAAA